CUUCUCGAUUCUCUAUUCUCAAUUUUCUACUCCUCUAUCUGUCUCGUUCACUUGAGUUCUUCUCAUCAUCGCCGUUUGGAGAUUCCCUUUUCGAUCCUCACUGCGCCCCACAUCCAAGACGGUCACCGCUUUGACAAUAUUCGCCAACCCUCAAACAGUGGAGGUUUACGAUGAUAUGAACCCCUCUCACUCUCGCAAUGACGGAAAGCAUACCAUCGAUGACGACAAUGUCAAUAACAAUACCAAGGUCGCCAUACCUCGACUUACCACGCAGAGCCACCAAGUGAAAAGUGCUCAAUCACCUACCACAGGUCGGAGUUCCGCUGCUAGGUAUCGCACAACGAAGGCUUGCCACAAUUGUCGAAGGAGAAAGAUCCGAUGUUCUGGGACUACGCCAUGUCGAUACUGCUUGGAACAAGAUGUUGAAUGCGAAUACCAACCAGGUCGCCGCGAUCGUUUAAGGGAUGCAACCGAUCGUGUCGAGUCGCUCUCCUCCCUGCUGAGAGACCUGGCCCGCCGAGGUCUACUGGGAGAGGAUGAUCAAAGGAAGGUUGAAGAACUUCUUGCACCGGAAGUGGAGGAUGGUGGGAAGGAUGGCAGAUUUGGCGGGGAAACCGCGUCGAGUUCGACACAUUCUAGAUUCUCUACAAAUCCCAGUGAGAGGAACGCACCGGAGUCUGUUGGAUCUAAUGAACAUGCCUACCAAUUCGACGGAGAUCCUGCCGGCGCACAUGAUUUGCCAGCCACAGGUUUGGGAGGGCAAGGACCUCGCUGGCAUCAAGAAUCCAAAACCUACAUCUCUACUGGGAACAAUGCGCCGGUCUCCGAUUUCACAUUCUAUCUUGAUGGAGACCACCUCGACAUAAACGUCAACGUUGAGCACGAUCUCUUGCCCCUCCCCGGAACUGCCCAGCGACUCGUCGCCGCCUAUAUGACCAAUAUCCACAAUCAAUUUCCUAUCGUACCCAGGGAAUUGCAAGAACAACUCGUCAUCUACAUACAGGCAGCAAAGCGUCAGGGAUUUUAUGAAGAUAUUUCGUACAAUGUUCGAGCAAUCCUGAACUUGAUCCUGGCAAUUGGAGCAAAGUUUUCCCACCUCAUCCAGGCACCAUUGCGCGCCGAUGAGCUUGAUCACAAUCUCUACAUGAACAGGGCAAUCAAGCUGAUGGAAUUGCAUGCAGGGGGGAGCAUCCUCGUCUGCAACCCUGACCUUCUAUCAGUCGAAAGCACUGGUCUCUUGGCGUUGUACUACGUGGUGACUGGCCAUGUCAAUAGAUCUUGGGUCGUCAUCGGCACUUCUUUACGGUGUGCUAUCGCCAUUGGACUGAAUUUAUGCAAUGAUGAUGCCUCUACUUGCGAGGAGAAUAAAACCAGUCUGGCAAGAUCAUGGUGGGGGUUGUACUCUAUUGAAUGUCUGCUGAGUUCGUUGACAGGAAGGCCAACCCUUAUUGGUAUUGAGAACUGUAGUUUCCAAUCUCAUGGACCACAUUCUGGUAACAUGACAUCAGAUGUAUCGAUCAUGAUGGAGUCGGGUCCUGGACAAAACAUGACUUCCGGCACAUCACACACCUCAUUCCUGGACUCCCAAAUCCGCGUUGGCUUCAUUCUACAGAAAGCACAAGUCCUGCUGUAUUCUCCCAAAGCCCAAGCUCAAACAUGGGAGCAGAUACAGAGCUCAAUUCGCUCAUUGUCAUCCGAAGUAGACCGGUGGGCUCUCGCAGCUCUUCCAAACGGUGUGGUCGGACCGGACGUCUUCGACCGGAGCGUAGCAGAUAGAGAUGCGCUCCGCGAACAAUACAUACUCAGCUUUCAUGUCCAGAGUGCCAAGAUUCUGCUGAGCAGGCCUUGUCUCUGUCAUAUCAAUCAACGAUACCAUGACACAGAUCCUAAUCAAAGUGAGAGAUCGAAUGAGUUCGACCAGGAAAUGAAAAAGUACUGCUUGAUAGCGGCAAUUGGUGUCGCCCAACUACUUCCUGACCACAUGGAUUUGACUUGGCUCUAUCAGAAUGGUCCUUGGUGGUCUAUCGUCCACAAUAUUAUGCAAGCUGCAACAAUUCUUCUACUCGAGCUGACUCUCGAACCCACAUUUUUGGAGGUAUUUCAUGCAACCAUAAGAACGAGUUUCAGAAAGCUCGUCCUACGGCUUCGGGCGAUGCAUGAAGAGAAUAUCGUGGGGAAAAAUGCAUAUGAUAUCAUUUUUAACAUGAUCAGGUCAAGCCUACCUCAUGUCCAGGCUGAUUUAAACGAUCUAUUUGAGGAAGACGAGCAACAACGGCCGAUUCUUCCAAGCCCGAUUGUUGGAGAAAAGCCUGUUUCGGCACCUGCUCCAAUCGAUUGGACAUUUCAUCGUCACGAUACUUCAAGUAAAUUUCCUCUCACUUACUCGUCAGAAAUACUUUCCAAUGGCUUUCCUGCUCCGGAUCUAAAUCGUGCGCAUCUAAAUCCCUGUAUGGAAUCCUUCUAUUCUGCUGGUACAUUGGGUGCAACCGCUAUGGGUGCCCCGACAGGUAAUUCGACAAUGGGCUCCACAUAUGAUCAGAUGGAUGGUUUCGGCAGGGCCACAACAUCGCCACAUUACCAGGAGCCUUACUUGCAAAAUCUUAAACCGAAUUGGCCAUCAAACUUUUCGGUCUCGGCAGCACCAGUGUCUAACGAGAACAUGGAGGAUGAUUGGAAUUCGACGUUCGAUCAAGCGAUCGGCAAUACUCUACCUCACUCCAGUCAACCUUAGAUUAUGGUGGCAGAACAUCAACGAGGCUCGAUGCCUUAAUUGGGUUUGGAAAUGGUGUAAUUUCGAUUCAUUGGAAUCACGACCAGGGUGGAGGUCGAUGCUGAGCUGCCUCGGCUGCAUCCAUCUCACCGAGGAAUGCGGUCAAGGCUUACGAUAUUCGGUCAUAUAUAGACAACACAAACAUGUUGGAGAACUGGUUUUAGACAGAUUACUGUAAUGCUAGGAGGAUUUGUGUCAUUUACUUAUAACCUUGAGGGCGGGCGGGGCAUUCUGAUCGCAAUGUUUUACUUUCGACGCCACGAUACCCCAUGACUUUAUCCCACAGCCCAUUUACAAGACAACAUAGACGCAGCAGGGGGAUAUUAUAUACCACCACAAAAAUUGAUCACAC